GCAGUCAACAUGCCGCGUCUCUAGCAGGAACAAGCUUGCGUACGCCAUAACUUCUUCAUACGCGUGCCUCGACAUGUACACUUCCACUGACCUCACCGUCAGUUGUCUGUUGAACCUCUUCUUCGCGACUUUUUCAACAUCAUGGUCAUGACGUAAUGUUCCAAUGUUAAAACGUCACUCCUCACCUUCAACAUGCUGGCACCUCUGCGCCGCUUCGUCCAAAGCCCCAACCCCUUCAUGAACGGGCACGCGAUUGGACUCACUCGAAGCGCUGCUUCGAGCCCCCGGCGAUGGCUCCGUCUCCUACUGAUGAUCGCUUUCAUAGCCAUCAGCGUCAAUCUAUUGCUCCUCCUCGACUCGACCUUUGUUGGAAAGCUACCAAGUCAAAUCCUGGGCAACCAAGCAUUCCACCCCAAGCCCUUCGCGCCCGCCCCGCACGGUCUCGAAUCGCAAGGCGAUAGCAAUGGACAAGACUACUGGCUAUGGGAGACGAAGACCCUGUUCAAGAAGAAAGAGAACAUUGACUGGAAUGUCGGGAUCAUGGACGAAUGUUUCCUGUUCCCCAGAGACAUCUUCAACAAGGUACAGGUUGUGCUCAAGACAGGCACGGCAGAUGACGGAGCAAGGACGGACGCGAUGGUGAACACGAUAAUCAAGUGCAUACGAAACGUGCUCAUCGUCUCGGACGGAGACCAUACUUACGGGCCUCACAAAGCCGUCGAUGUACUCGCGGACCUUCCGGCGAAGACAUACAUGAAGGAAGAGGAUUAUUUCGUCUACGAGACGCAAAGGAACGCUACUCGCGAUGGCAUAGAGCUCCAUCAGGGUCAUGAGGGGUGGAAGAUUGACAAGUACAAGUUCCUUCCGGGGGUAGAGAAGGCGAUCGAGCACAACAGCAAGGCCAAGUGGUACGUCUUCCUGGAGUCAGACACGUACUUGUUCUGGGACAACAUAUUCCGCCUUCUUGACAACUACGACCCUUCACUGCCGUACUUCUUCGGCUCGCCCUCACCUGGGCGAAAGUACCGUCCCAACCCAAAGUCUGAAGACGAAGAGCAGGUGUGGUUCGCAUACGGUGGCUGCGGUUUCAUCCUCUCUACAGCUGCAGCGCACCGACUCGUCGAUCUCCCGCGCAAUAGACUCGGCGUCAAGGGUCCCCGGCUCACAGCCGAAUACGAGGAAGACAUCAGGAACGACUGCUGCGGCGACAGUAUCUUGGGAUGGGCGCUCCACGACAAGGCUGCAGUGGGCAUCAGCGGUCUGUGGCCCAUGUUCAACCCGCACAGGCUUGAGGACGUACCGUUUGGCAGAGAUUACUGGUGUGAGCCUGUCAUCAGCCUGCACAAAACUAACCCCUCGUUCAUGAAAGAACUUUGGAACUGGGAGAAUGAGCAACAUCAGCAACACGAGCGCCCUUUGCUAUACAGCGAUCUUCUCUUUUCUUUUCACAGCAACUUCUCACAGCGCGAGAACUGGGAUGCAGCCUUUGACGCAGGCUUCCAACUUGAUCACAAUUCCACAGUACACACAAGCCUCCAUGCCUGCGAAGCCGGUUGCUUUGCGCAUGAGGAGUGUCGACAGUACACCUGGCACGGAGCGCAUUGCUAUUACGCAAAAGCGCUGUAUAUCGGCCACGCGAAAGAGCCGGAUGGGUUUCACGAACCGGAGGACCGAAAGUACAUCAGCGGUUGGGAUAUUACGAAAAUACAAACAUGGAGUUUGGAGAAUACAUGUGGGGAGGGAGCGCAUUGGGUGAAACCAAGCGUUAAAAGAAAGUACUGAGCGCCUGAGGUUCAGGUCGAGAACUACGCCAGGGCGAGAGGCGGUAGCCGUACCCAAACGACAACCUGUUAUCAUGUUGCACGGCCCGAGCCUGUAAGCCCUUCAGCACUUGACUCGAGGUCAGGGGAGCCUAAGGAGCAAACACUAGACGGACAACACGUUGGCAUCGAGUUUUGAAGACGAAGUGAUCGGCUUGAGGCAUCAUGGUUUCACCACAAGCCAUAUCGCCGGGCAACAUUUGGUAAACAAUACCGAUAAACAAUACCGAUCAGCCACACCAGUUGCACCGUGCAAAAGUCAAUUGAAGGCUUGAUCUUCACCGGAAAUCAUCGCAUUGCAUCAGUAGCAAGGCUAGCGUGACGUUCACUGCAGGACAUGCAGGUCUUUAGCUACACACGUCGAAUGUCACACCGUAGAUCAACUUUAUCGCCAUACGCGCAAAUAUAAUCUUGAUUGCCAAAA